UGCCGCGGAAUUUUCGGCUGAUGCCUCUUGACCGCCGUCAUGUCCACCGCCGCGGCUGCGUGCUGGCAGAAGCGAAACGAGGGUGACGCGAGAAUCUACCUCCGGUGACUGACUUUUCUGCCUGCUCCUGCUCGUGUGCCAGUCAGGUUGAUAUAUCAUCACCGCCUCUGUGCCAGUCCGCAUUCCCCGUGGAUGCAACUCGAACAUCACACGGCUUUGUCAUUCCUCACCCUCCGCCACACCCUCUGACCGACCAAUCCCGUCUACCAUAUUUAGCACCUGAAUGCAGUCAUCCAACUCUUAUAUGUACUGCCUGCUAUCCGCCAGACAUCGCCACUACCAUUCACCUACAUAACAACGACUCAACUGGAAGACAGACACAUCAACAACAUGUCUUCGUACACAUCGAGUGCCUCGAGUCGAGGCUCCACGCCUUCUGGCUCACCGACGCGUGCAAUGUCGAUUGCGUCGCGUACUUCGACAUCAACACACCGACCCAGCUUCUCGUGUAGCGCAUCAACAACAACAACAAACCUCGCCGACCCCUAUGGAUCAUGUGUGGGAUACGCGUCGAGGCGAUCAACCGAUCGACCCAGCGCGUACAUCAGCGACGCCGACCUGUUUGGGGACGACUCCGAUGAGGCUUGGCUGUCUGAACCUCCACCUCCGCCACGACAAGCCGAAGCCUGGCUGGCACGACCACUUUUGCCACCAGUCGUGGCCGUGAAGCCGCGAAGCUGCAGGACGGAGCCCAAGAAGAAGCGUCGCAGCAGCUCUGGCACGAGCAAGAAGGAGUGAGGCGGACUGGUCAUCACGAAUUCGCACAUGAUCCACCAACCUUGGCAGCGUGACUUGACGCUACUCACCUGGACUUCAGCAUGGCAUAUGACUGUCUCGCAAUCAGGAAGUACCUUACCACAGCUCGGUCUCAGUAAAGUUGGUGCUCGGCUUCACAGUACAGUACACCUCCACAGUCAACACGAGACCGACGAACAUCGACAUCGGCCAGAACACGCGACGUGACGGCCGUUGAGCGUUACUCCUUGCGACAGCCCAUCACAUAUUGGCCGAGAUGCAGCAGUGAGUGCCAUGGACGGCACAUUUAAUCGACAGCUCGGCAUGGACGCCACCUACCAGACGCCACAGCUGGUGAUAUGUCGACGCACACGCGUCAACAUUGAUAGGAGGUGUGAUGGGGAAGCGAUCGGAUCUUGAGGUCUUGACCGUGACGACGGGACGGAAAGAAUCUGCAGCUCUUGCUUCCAUUUAUGGAAGCAGAGGCGAUGCGGAAGUUGGGAUUUUGAACUGCGCCAAGAAGGCGGCAGACGGCAUUUUUUGAUUGGAUUUAAGCGACGAUACCCAUAUAGCGAUUGUGAUUGAAAUUGAAU